UAUUUUCCGAAGUGGUUUCAUGGCACAAUUCAGCCACUAGUUGGCGGUAGUGCACCCGUCCAAGCACAAGUGCUCCGCUAAUAAAUCCAGCGAAAAAGACAUCAGCCGCUGUCAGUCCAGCUGGUUCCCUGAAGUGUGUUUGACAUUUUGUAAUUUUUGCAACCCGCACAAGAAGUAUUACUAUGGAGAAUGAUAUCAUCGUCUCUCUUGAAGAUUUAGGGUAUCAAGGCCCAGUGUUGGAAGAUGGGGCUCUGGAUGCAAGUGUGACCGGCGGGGCUGCUUCGCCGGAGUUUACAAAGCUCUGCGCAUGGAUUGUUUCGGAGCUCAGACUUUACUGUAAACUGGGGGAGAAUGUCCACGCCACAAACUGUCCAAGCGAGGCAGAGAGCUUCCAGCUGGAGACGAGUGGUUUGUUGUCCGAGCUGGCCUGUCCUUACACCGUCCUCACCAGCGGCGAUGUCACCCAACGCUUUCUCAACAGGAAUGACUGUCUCCUGCUACUAUCGUUUCUGGUGUCCGAGCUGGAGGCAUCGAGGAUGAUCCUGGUCAACAGACCCCAGAAGACGACCCCGGAGUCCGACAGCCCUGCGUUCCACGAGCUGAAGGGCAUCUGCGUGGCAUUGGGCAUGUCCAAACCUCCAGCCACUAUCACCAUGUUCCAGUUGUUCAGUGGUAUUGAGAAGAAGCUAAAAAAAGCCACAUGCAGCGUCCCGUCAAAUCAUAUUGGAGAGCCCUUGUUGAAGAAAGCCUUCGGACCCGUGCACAUGGAAAAGAUCGACGCCAUCAACCAAGCACUCGUGAACGAAUAUGAAGUGCGAAGGAAAAUGCUACUGAAACGUCUGGAUGUCACCGUGCAGUCUUUUGGGUGGUCGGAAAGAGCAAAGGCGCAUGCUGAGAAGUUGACCAAAGUUUAUCAGCCCCUACGUUCCGCCCUCGGCACCAAAAGCAAAAUCUCUGUCGCCCACCUUUUUGCCGCCCGGCAAGACAUGUCGAAAAUCCUUCGUACAAGCAGCGGCAAGUCACGAGAGAAGACCGCCUGUUCCAUUAAUAAGGUGUUAAUGGGCCGAGUGCCAGACAGGGGCGGCCGCCCCUGUGAGAUUGAGGCCCCCCCGCCGGAGAUGCCAUCCUGGCAAAAGCGUCAGGAUGCCCCCCCCCAAGGUAGCGGACACUAUGGUGGUGGCAGGGGGGGUUAUGAACAUUACUCCCAAGGGCGGGGCGGCUACGAGAGGGGCGGCGGCAGCGAAAGAGGGGGCAGGUCAAGAGGCGGGAGGGUUCAAGGUGGCUGGGGGGAGGGGUCCGGAGCAGGACGAGGUGGCUACAACAAGAGCCAGUAUCAAGAGGGCGUCCAUCACGGGGGAGGCGGAGCAAGAGGUGCCUAUCGAGGAAACAACCAGGGAGCCCCGCAAGAGUCCGGCUACCACGCGGGUCACCACGACAACCAGCACCAGAACGGAGGCUGGCAUCAGGAGCGUGGCGGCGGCAGAGGAGGCAGGGGACGAGGAGGGCGAGGGGGCAGAGGAGGCCCCAAUUUCAACCAAGGAGGACACUUUGAACAGUUUUUCCAACAUGGCGGACAGCACUACAACCAAGCCGGCUUCAAUCAAAGCCGCCACUACACCAGUUGAAGACGUGGCGUCGGACAUUGUCCUCCCUUGAGUUCUUCGUCGGCCUUACCGAGCAAUGUUUGACCGCUCUGGAUACUUGUACAGUGGAACACGCUUAUGUCCGAGUUCGAGUCCACCAUGUUCUUCUUCUUAACAACAAGCACCCGCUGAAGUGGACCCAAAAUGUGACAACCAAAGCGGUCAUGUCUGUGGAAAAACAUACCGAUUAUGUCAACUUGGCGUGAAACCACAGUAGCAACAUGCGUCUACUUUACACAGCAUCCAAACCACUUCCGGUUCAGUGCAAAGUAAGCUGCAAAAUAAAAGCACGGCAGCAACUAACACUUUUUUUUUUUUUUUUUUAAGAUUGUUAGCCAUGAGAUGGGCGACUGUAUGACUGCAGUUCAAACAUCCAAGCAGAGUAUAAAAUAUCACAUGAAAACACAAGAAUCAGAUUAGAAUCCUUUAUCAAUUAUUAUAAACGAUCACACAUUCUCUGCAUGUGUCUGAAUAAAGUCACGUAUGAAGUAACGUGCAAUGCAAGCGAUGGCUAGUUUUGGUUUUUAGCUAAUGUCGACAUAAACGGGUUCCACUGUACUUAGGUACAUAACGUACUCAUGGAGGCUUACAUACAUCCAGUCUAUGCUGAUUUUUAUUUUUAUUUUAAUUUUUUGGUCUCCCUGAAAAUAUAAGUUAAUAAAAACUUGUAAAUGAUUAUGGUUUGAAAGAUGGCAGGAGGAUCAUAAUCAGGCUCAAAGAAUUGAUCCACCAUAAGCGUUUCAUGCUUACGUUAUGCCCUGUUUAAAUCAUGUAGCAUUUUUUUUUUUUUUUUUUUUUUCAAAAAAAGAGGUCAUGUUGCUUUGCUAAUAAUGGAAGUUGUGUUCAAGGAAGA